CAGUGAAUGAAGUUAAUAAUUUGUUUCAUCCAUAAGAAAGUAAAAUACUUAAAUAUAAUCGGCAUUAGUGCAAAGCUGUUGUUAAGAGAAAACGCUUUUCCUCCAUUAAAACACCGCAUUGGCAAUAAAAAGAAACUCUUCAAUUGACAUUUUCAAUUAAAACGAAAAUUCAUGUCGAAAAAUUAGUUCCAAAAUUAUUCAAAAUACAGAAAUUUACAAAAUAGAAAACUAUUCGUGACUGUUAUACGAUUUGUGUAACAGAUUUCGUGGAGGUUUGUAAUGUAAUGAGAGAUCGUAUUUUUAUACGAUCUCUACCUAAUUUAUGCCGACUUUGGUCAGAGAACUUAGAAUAAAUAACCUUCUCUGCUUAAGCUAUGGCAGCUCUGUUCAGGUGCAUAUUGACGAAUAUCGCAUAAAGAGCACACACAAAGACGCGAAGUGCCCGUUAAAGCAGAACAAUCAAUAAAGACCGAGGUAAACGUCAAAAUAGUGAAGAAAUUGAAAGAAUGCUGCGUAUUUUUCUGUCGAACGUGGUUUUCAAUUAAGUGUAAAAUCUAGUUGGAAUUAAAUGUAAAAAUACGCACUUAAUUUUAAGAGUGAAUACAAAAUGCGCAAAAAGUGAAAAGAAAUAAAAUAAAGCUAACGAAAAGUGCAUAUAGUUUUUUGUAGUUUCGAUAAAACGAUAAGAAUUGAUAUAUGCAUUGAACAGUUACGGAGCCGUAGUCUGUCUUGCAGACUAAGAACCUUUCAAUAGGCGGCGUAGAAGGAAUCAGAUUUAUAUCAUUGAAAGUGGUGAACCAAUGACGCAGCUAUAAUUAACAAUAGUGAAGCCAUCAGAAAAGAUAAAAUAUACAUAUAAAUAAAAUUGGUACAACUCUCACUUACUCACACCUUUCACAAGUAAAGUCGGUCAGGGUCAUUAAAAAUCGACCUUUCGGCAGGCUUUUAUUGGUGUCUUGAAAUAUAGAAAAAGGUGCAAAUAGAUUCAGUUAUAUCUCAUAUAAAUGGAUAGUAGCCGUAAUUAUGGACGUCUUUCUGCCUCUUUUGUCAUUGGCAGUGGCAGCUGUGGCGGCGGUGUUGGCCCAAGCAGUCGGAAAACCUCAAUGUCUGACAGUCAGCAAAUGUUACCGCUACUCCAACAGUUGACAAAUGGUUCCUUUGGUGUUAUAGUGCCUGACAAGCAUUGCCCACUUUGCUUCCAAGCCAAACGUCAUCAAGAAAGAAUAGAGGGCAUUAAAUGCAAGCCGGUCGCAUGGCGUAUCAGAGAGCGUAUGAGAACUGCGAGUGUGGUGUUAGUGCUAUGCCUUAACAUAGGCGUUGAUCCUCCAGACGUUGUAAAAAUUCAGCCAUGUGCUCGAUUGGAAUGUUGGGUGGACCCUUCAUCGGUGUCGGCGCCGAAAGCUAUGGAAUUGAUUGGAAAUAAUUUGCAAAUACAAUAUGAGCGUUGGCAGCCUCGUGCACGUUAUAAGAAAUGUCAUGACCCUACCGCUGAAGAUGUAAAGAAGUUAUGCACUUCAUUGCGACGCAACGCAAAGGGUGAACGUAUACUCUUCCACUACAAUGGACACGGCGUACCGAAGCCAACGGCGAAUGGUGAAAUUUGGGUUUUUAAUAAGACAUUUACACAAUACAUACCUUUGAGCAUAUUCGAGUUGCAAAGUUGGAUGGGCGCACCCUCUAUUUACGUAUACGAUUGUUCGAAUGCUGGUAUAAUCAUAAAUUCAUUCCAGCAAUUCGCUGAACAGCAUGAAAAAGAUUUAGAGAAAUCUAGUCAACGGGUCGGCGCUGGACAGCCGCAAUCCCUGCUGACUCCAUUGGUGAGCUAUAAAAAUUGUAUACAUUUGGCAGCGUGCUCUGUCAAUGAGAUACUACCAAUGAAUGCCAAUCUUCCUGCGGAUCUUUUCACUUCUUGUCUAACCACGCCCAUCAUCAUUGCUCUCAAGUGGUACACAAUGCAAGAAAAAUUUGAAUUAGUGCCACACAUUCAUAGCGAUCAAGUCGAUAAAAUACCCGGAAAGGUGAAUGACCGUCGCACAAUGAUGGGCGAGCUAAAUUGGAUUUUUACUGCAAUCACUGACACCAUUGCAUGGAACACUUUGCCGCGCGAUCUUUUUCAGCGCUUAUUCCGGCAAGAUUUACUUGUCGCCAGUUUAUUCCGCAACUUUUUACUUGCGGAACGCAUUUUACGCUCCCACGAUUGCACGCCAGUAUCGCAUCCAGCGUUACCGCCCUGUUUCCGUCACCAUAUGUGGUCUGCCUGGGAUUUAGUUGUUGAUUAUGCAUUGCAACAAUUGCCAGAAAUAUUAGAGAAAGGUGCACCAUAUCGCCAACUACCAUUUUUCGAACAACAAUUAACAGCCUUCCAAGUUUGGCUAGACCGUGAAUCCGAAUCACGUUCACCGCCCGAGCAGUUACCUAUAGUUUUGCAAGUGUUACUGUCACAGGUGCAUCGCUUACGUGCUUUAGAGCUACUGGCACGCUUCCUCGAUCUCGGUCCGUGGGCAGUAAAUUUAGCGCUAGGUGUGGGCAUCUUUCCUUACGUACUUAAACUCUUGCAAAGCUCAGCUAAGGAAUUGCGCCCAGUGCUUGUCUUCAUAUGGGCCAAAAUACUGGCAGUCGAUCCUAAUUGUCAGGUGGAUUUGGUAAAAGAACAUAAAUACUUCCUAUCUGUACUACAAGAUCCAACAGUUUCAAAAGAACAUCGCACUCUAUCCGCUUUUGUUCUGGCUUGUAUUGUGAAUGAUUUUCUGUUGGGCAAAACCAGCGCUCUGCAGGGUUCUUUGGUGUCCAUAUGUUUGGAACAGUUGAACGAUGAAAGUUGGCUUCUUCGUCAAUGGCUGGCAAUAUGCUUGGGUAUGCUUUGGCAAAACUUUGAAAAGGCACGAUGGUCUGGUGUACGCGAUUUGGCGCACGAAAAGCUCUACCCUCUACUUAAGGAUCCCAUACCAGAAGUGCGGGCUGCUGCCGUCUUUGCAUUAGGCACAUUUAUUAGUUCUGUAACGGAUCGAGAGGAGCAUGCAAAUAAUAUCGAUCGCAUAAUCGCCAUCACUCUUUUAGACACAGUAGGAGAGGAUAUGUCGCCUUUGGUGCGCUUAGAGUUGGCAGCGGCGUUGCAGUGGAUGGUUUUGCUGUUCGAGUCGCAGUUCGUUACAGUUUACAUGCAAGAACAAAUGAGCAGCUCAAAUCCCGCUUUGACACUCGGCGCUACGCCAGUAAUUAGCAGUGAGCGCAGCGCCAGCAUCAGUCAUGGUACGCCUAGUCCAACCAUCGUGCACCACUCGACACACAGCUUGGAACGUCAUGUCUCAAUGCGACGUGGCGCUAGUUCCAGUUCAAUAUCCAAUAUGGUCUCCAGCGCUAUACCGUUUCAUUCAAUAUUUUUACGUUUGUGGCAAGGUAUUUACAAUCUGGGCCAUGACCCAUUCCCAGAGGUGGCGGAAACCGCGCAAAAGAUUAUCUCUUAUGUGCGCGACAAGUCGGUCGAUUUGAUAACCGCCAAAGAGGCUACCAGCGAUAAGUGCAAUUCAAGUGUAAGUCUGCCACCCAGUCCCUCAACUCGUGGCAACUUUUUGAGCGGAGAGUCACCCCCGGUGGGUGGUGGUGUAGGAGGCGUGUCGGGACAUCAAAAUAUUGGCAACUGGGCUAAUAAACUACGCAAUAGUAAGCACUUAUCUGGGAAUGCAAUGAACAACAGCGACCAUCAAAGCAUUUUACAACGCAAAAUGCGCACUACUUCGAUGGGAGACGAAACCGAUAGUUGCGGACCUCUAAACGGCAGCCGCAGUACCGGUGUGUUGGGUGUCGGCCAUGUAGUAAGUGGUGUUGCGAAUUUGACCAUGAAUGCUGUCGGCGGUGGAGGUGGUGGUGAGGGCUCGCGCUCGACACACAGCAGCACGAGCGAAAACAACUACGAGCCAAAAUUCGCACUUAAACCCAUACUACAAACUGAGUUCAUAUCAUGGGCCAUUUCGUACUUUAUGCGACCUGGUAAAAAUCGUUACGCAUCCGCCGAAGGCACGGAGGGACAACAAGUGUUUCCCGCAGACACAAAUUCGCCCGAGCUGCGUUCUCGCCAGUUUCGCUUUCAUCGUAAUGAGUUGAUACGUCGUCAGUCUAAAGAGCAGCACAUACGUGGCAGCCGUAUUGAUACACAGAUAUGCAUGCUGAAGACGCAACACACGCCCGCCAUAGUCAAACUACUGUCAUAUGAGCCACAACUUGCAGUUGCCUACAAGGAGAAGGUGCUAGUUUAUGAUUGGAUGCGUAACUCGGUGCGGUCUUAUGUGCCACAGGCGGGCAGUGGAGCUGCAACCCGCAAUCACGUUGGCGAGUCUAGUGGCGCCUCGUCAUCGCCGUCAGCGCACAUGCAGCACCAUCAGCAACAAUAUUUGCAGCAACAACAACAAAGCCUGACUGCACGCGUCAGUGCAAUUGAAUUUUUGAAUGCACACGACAUUGGCUUGAUACUAGCCGGCCAUGAGGAUGGCGUAGUGCGCGUCUGGCAGCCUGGCACCGACGAUCAACCGGAAUCACAACUAAUCACUGCAUUCGAAGGCAUUCCUGCUAUGAAUGCCGCUUACAAUAGUUCCUACGGCAGUAUCGGUGGCGGCGUGGGUAGUGGAAGUAGUUCCGGCUCGGGUUCAUCUUCGUUAAAGCACCGUCGUGAUUUGAUGCGCACGGGCAUAGUCACCGCAUGGCAGCAAUGUCGCCAACACUUGGUGGUGGGUGGUGGAAACUCUCGCUACCUACGCAUUUGGGAUGUAGAACGUGAGUUGAAACUCUGCGAUAUACCGAUUGGCAGUGAAACGAGUGUACGCGUCUUAGCGCCCUUCUCGUACAACAUGAACAGUAGCAUUGUUGUGGCGGGCUGUGCAGAUGGCAGUGUGCGUCUGUUUGAUAAACGCCAAUCGCCACAAGAAUCGCGUAUAUGCGUCUUUCGUGAACAUGCUGGUGCCAUAUUAUCUGCUUGCAUGAAGGAGAACCAACCGUUGCUGGUAACCGGCUGUGCCAAGGGACGCGUGCGCGUCUUCGACUUGCGCCAGGCAGCUGCUGUGCAGAGCUGGGAAGCGGGCAACGAUGUGGCUGUGAUCGCUAGUCAUCCGUCAACCGAUAUGAUAGCCUGUGGCAGUGCGCAGGGCAUUGCGUUGCAUCAAGAAAACGGGCGUGCGUUGAAUACACUGCGCGGUAAUGAGGGCUUCAUGGGCACCAAAAUAGGCUAUCCGACCUGCUUGUCGUUCCACUCGCAUAAAGCAGCCUUGGCGGUGGGUUGCGUGGACAACACGGUCGUCGUUUACGAACCCUCAGCAGUUUUAUAAACUUUGUAAAAAAUGGCAAACUGAUGUUGACGAUAAUCCAAAGACAUUUGACAAUUCAAAACGUUU